AUGAAAUUUGUUGAAUUUAAGAUCAAGAUCACCGAUAUGGAUAUUGAGUACCACGUGGAAUGCAAACACGACUUUCUAAAACUCUACGAGGGCGGUGGAACAGAUUCGUCGCUAAUACAUACGUAUUGUAACAAUCCGGAUGAAGAGCCACUUCAAGAACGAUUUAAAGAAGUGAAGUCGCGAGGAAGAUUCAUAACACUCUACUUUUAUACUGAUAAAACAGUACAACGAAAAGGCUUUCGUAUUGAAUACUCAUUUAGUGGAUUUGAGAACGGUUCGUUUUAG